AUGCUGGCAACACGUUCUGCAUCUUCUCUACUCACAAAAUCUACCCGGUACUCGGUACGCUGGUCCGUCUCGCUCCGCUGGUCAAGCUCUCUCCAACAAUCAACCUCUUCAAACUCUCAACAACAACAAACAAUACCACCAUCUCUAACACCAUUAUCAUCAUUAUCAUCAUCAUCAUCACAAUCACAAUCACAAUCUCAAUCUCAAUCUCAAUCUCAAUCUCAACCCUUACACACAUCCCGGUACUUAAAUUCUCCAUCUCCAGAAGACCUUGCACUACGCCAACAAGUUGUUAAUGAUUCCUCUAAAGGUUCCCUUAAACUCUCCCAUGUCAUUGGUGACCUCUCAACCCCACUUUACGAAAAUACUACUGGAAGAUUUCUUCAUGAAUUGGCUGUAGAACAUGGUCCUCGUACUGCCAUUGUCUCAGUCCACCAAAAUAAACGACUCUCAUAUGCUGACCUUCAUAAUGUCUCAUCAAUCUUAGGUAUUAACAUUGCCCGUAAACUUAACAUUAAAAGAGGUGACAGAGUUGCCGUCUGCGCUGGUAACCUUUGGGAAUAUCCAGCAAUGCAAAUGGCCCUAGCUAAAAUAGGUGCGGUCCUUGUCCCUUUAAACCCAGCUUUUACAGAUACUCAGUUCCAUGCUGCACUUAACUCUUCAGGUUCAAAAGCUCUCUUUAUCCAAUCCCAUUUGUCUCGAGGUGUUCGCAAAACUGCAAAAGAUGUCACUGGACUUAUCCGUGCUGCAACUGAUGGAACUAUCCUUCCAACAGUAGAACGUGUGGUUCUCUUGGAAUCCGUGGUUGAAAAACCAAAAGGUGUUAACGAACCUGCUCAACCUGAUGGUAAUAAAAUCCUAGCCUUUAAAGAUUUCCUCGAAUGGAAUGAACCUACUUCCCCCCAUGAAGCUCCAGAAAUUAAACAUAUCCUUGACCCUUCUAUCGAUGCCCAAUAUGCCUCUGAAACAAAUAAUAUGCAAUUCACUUCAGGAACAACUGCUAUGCCCAAAAUCUCUUGUUUAACCCAUCGCAACCUUGUCAACAAUGGUAGACUCAUUGGUCAACGCUUAAACCUAAGUGCAACUAAUGCUAAACACCCUUCUGGCCAAGACUUUUUGUGUGCCCCAGUCCCAAUGUUCCACUGCUUUGGCUUAAUCUUAACUAAUAUGGCGGCCUUUUCCCAAGGCGCUGCAAUCGUCUAUGCCGCUGAAGCCUUUGAUGCCCGCCGCACCAUGCACGCCGUGCGCCAGGAACAAUGCACGGGACUCCAAGGUGUCCCCACUAUGUUUGCCGCUGAAAUGGAGCUUCAUGAUGAACUCCAAAAGGGAGGCCACGAACUCCUUGCAAAGGGUAUUUGCGCCGGAUCCUCAGUCCCUAUCGAACUCAUGCGACGUGUCAUUGACACCCUCAACUUAUCUCAGCUUACUAUUUGCUACGGUAUGACUGAAACAUCCCCAGUUUCCUUUAUGACAACUCCCUUUGAUACCUUGGAACGCCGCUGUGAGUCGGUGGGUUCCAUAAUGCCCCAUACGGAAGCUCGUAUUAUUUCGGCACAAAUGGGUUCUGACGGAACUGUCGAUUUGACUCCAUUACCCAUUGGAGAAAAGGGUGAAAUUGUCAUUGCUGGGUAUCUUUUACAACAGGGCUACCAUCAUGCCCCAGAACAAACCCGUGAGGCAAUGGUACGUGACCCCAUCACUAAUAAACUAUGGAUGCGUACAGGUGAUGAGGGCCAAAUGGACGAGUUUGGGUACUUGAAGGUUACUGGCCGUAUCAAGGAUUUAAUUAUUCGUGGCGGUGAAAACUUGCAUCCUUUGGAAAUUGAAAAUGUUCUUUUCGCCCACCCUUCUGUAUCUCAAGCCUCUGUUGUUGGUGUCCCCGAUGAAAAGUACGGUGAGGCCGUGGCCGCAUUUGUAGUUUUACACGAGGAAUACCAUGCCGGUGGGCCAAAGGAAUCAUCUGCACCUAAACCUGAUGAGCUUAGAGAAUUUGUCAAGGAAAAAUUGGGUCAUUAUAUGGUCCCCAAGUAUAUCUUCUACGUGCCAGAUUUCCCUAAAACAGCAAGCGGCAAGAUCCGUAAGGUCGACCUUAAAGGUACCGCAUUGACACUUGUAGAACAGGGUUUAGGGAUUUAA